AUGGCCGUGCGCGGCGGCGGCGGUGGCGGCGGCGGCGGCAGCAGCCCCGCGGCCCCGACGCCCUUCUCCAUCCAAGCCAUCCUCAACAAGAAGGACGAGCGCCGCGCGCGGAGCUUCUUGCAGGGCCGGCUGCAGCAGGUGCCGUCGCCCGCAGGGGGCGCCCUCGCCAGCCCCGACGUGGCGCCCUCCUGCUGCUGGAGGCUCUUCGGCGACGAAGCCGCGGCGCUCGCGGCCGCCUUGCAGCCGCCGCCGCCGCCCCAGCCCGCGCCCCCCUUGGCCCCCUCAGCUUCCAGGCCGCCGCCGGGCUCCGCCAUCUGGGACUCGGACUCUGUCCUGAGCGAGGAGCAAGAGGGCGACAAGGAGGACGACGACGACGACGAGGCGCCGCCGGCGCAAGAGGGCCAAGGCCAGUCCCCGGCGGGUCUCAGCGACGGGGAGCUCUCCGCCCGAGUCUCAGCGGGCAGCGGCCUUCGCCAGGCGGCGGGGUUCCUGGUCCGCCUGCUGCCUUCUUCGACGGGCCGAGGCGCCGCCAGCCGCCCAGCCCAGCCCUGGUGGCAGCGGGUUUUCCAGCGUUUGCACCGAGCCGUACAAACGGAAAGAACCGUCGACGUCAAGCCCAGUCGGCAAACGAAUCCCAUGAAAAGGCGACCUGAGCGAUACAACCGUCAAGCAGCCGCAGUAAAACGCCGCUGUCGAGAGCCGGGCAGCAGCGAAGCGCGAAGGAGACCCGUCCUGCGAGGCUGGAGGCGCAGCGAGCGCCGGGUCUCCGUCCCAGGCCUGCGGGGCGGGGGGCGAAUGGCCGCGCAGCGAGGAGCAGGCCCGGCGGCCCCUGGGCGGGCUCCGCUCCCCCGCCGCCUCCCGCCCUCCUUCCCAGGCGCAAAUAGGUUUGCUAGCCCGGGGAGGCCGCUGCCCCACCCCCAGCCCCCGCAUGCUGACCGAGGCUGGUCUUCCCGCUUCGCCUUUCCAGCCACGCUGGGCUGCGCUAGACGCGAGAGAGCCGCCCUUGGCGCCCAAGCGCGCCGGGUCCGAGGCUGGCUGGCCCGAAGGCGUCUCACGGGGCGGUUUAAAGGGCGACCCAGCGUCUCCGGGCCGGGCUGCUCUGUCAGCGAGGCCCCGCGGUGCCCAGCCUUUCUGGCCUAUCGCAGCCACGCGGAAGAGCUCGAGGACGAGGACGGGGAGGACGGCAGCCGAGGCCCCGGUAAGUACGCCAAAGUCCUGUCCGAGGAAGAGGCGGCGGCGGCGGGCGCAGCCCCGAUGGCGGCCUCGGCGGCGGCGGCGGCGGCUCCGAAGCCGCGCAAGAAGCGCUCGCGGGCGGCCUUCUCGCACGCGCAGGUCUUCGAGCUGGAGCGGCGCUUCAACCAUCAGCGCUACCUGUCCGGGCCGGAGCGCGCCGACCUGGCCGCGUCGCUGAAGCUCACCGAGACGCAGGUGAAGAUCUGGUUCCAGAACCGGCGCUACAAGACCAAGCGGCGCCAGCUGGCCGCAGACCUGCUCUCCGCGGCGCCCGCCGCCAAGAAAGUGGCCGUCAAGGUGCUGGUCCGCGACGACCAGCGCCAGUACCACCCGGGCGAGGUGCUCCGGCCGCAGCCGCCGCCCCUGCUCUCGCUCCAGCCCUCCUACUACUACCCCUACUACUGCCUGCCGGGCUGGGCGCUCUCGGCCUGCGCCGCCGCCGCCGCUGGAGGCACGCAGUGA